AUGCCGGUGUUCUCAAAGCUUGUUGUGAUCGCCGCCACUGCCGCCAUCGACAUCGCGAUGGCUGCACCAGUCAGCGAGGCCCUGCCCGCUUGCCCGGCCUACCAAACCGAACGCCACUGCACCAUUGAGGAGUGCAUCAACAAGGCCCUUGCCGCAGAGGGGAUGUGCUGCUACGACCACACGCAUCACGUGUGCACGCCACAUGGUGCGACUGCGUGCAAGGGCGCAGACCUGGCGCUCUGCCAGGCCAGUCACAAGCCCAAGAAUGCUGGCCAGAUCAUCGUCAAGAAGUUCAGUGUGAGGAACAACUGCGACGAAGACAUCGAGGUGGAGGACUUUGGCAAGGUGCCGAAGCACGAGCAGGCGACCUUCUUCUCGGCGGGGGCCGUCCCGCUUCCCGAGGCGCGCAAAGCCCCUUCGGAUGCGGCGCAUCUGAAGUGGAGGCGCGCGAGUUGGGACAUCGAGGGCAACAAUGGGCGGUGGGAGAUGCCGUUCGCGAUGAAUGGAGCCUUCAUGGUGGCGACGAACGGAGACCUCAACACGCCACUGCCGCUCACCAACCUGCCCGACGUCGAGCCGUGGUACGGAUACGGCAUGAGCUCGUCCCUCGUCGCAUUCUCGCCGGGCACGAGCGAGCCUGCCUGCGUGGACGCCGGCGCGGCCUGGAGCGCCAAGGAUGAUAUGAGCGACUGCGCGGCCGACGCCGGUGGUCUCGUGUGCGAUGCGUCCAACCUGAGUCCCGAGUGCAGCAAGCGCAAGCCUGCAGCCAGCACCUCCACCACUGGCUCUGCCGGCACGAACGGAGCCAGCAGCUCCGCUCUCCCAACAGCCACGGCAAUGCCGGACAUCGAGCCUCUCUCGACGGCCGACUCGGCGGCUCUCGUGCGCUCCUUUCUCUGGCCGGAGCGGUGGCGGCUCGCCGGAGGCUUCGUGCUGCUCACGGCGAGCAGCAGCAUCUCUCUGGUCUUCCCGCGAGUCAUGGGCGAGGUGAUGGACGGCUGCCUCUCCGGCGGCGGCUCGUGGACGCCGGACACCGCCGCGCUCGCCCUCUUUGCGCUCUCCGGCGUGCAGGCCGGCCUCGUGGCCUACCGCGGGCGAGAGCACCGCCGCCUCUCCCUCACUCUCCUCCUCUCCCCACGGCACACAGGCCGGCCCGACCAGCCUCCCCCCGCCGCGGCGGCAUCCUCGCUGUGGCCAGGCGUGAUCAUGGUGGGUGGCUGCUCGCUCGCAAUGGUCUCGCUGAGUCCGAAGCUCUGCCUCGUCUCCUUCGCAACCUUCCCCGCCGCGGUCCUCCUCUCGCGGCACAUGGGCAAGAGGAUCAAGGCGCGGCAGAGGGCGGUGCAAGAGGCGCUCGCCGCCGCCGCCGCAGAGGCUCACUCGGCGCUGCUCAACGUGCGAACGCUGCGCCUCUUCGCGGCGGAACGGCUCGCGAGCGAGCGGUACGACGAGCGCGUGCGGGCCGCGCGGGACGAGGCAGCCACCGCAGGGCUGUACGCCGCCGCCGUCGAGUCGGGCGUGGGGCUCGCGAUGCAGUCGUCUCUGCUGUCGGUUCUCGCGGUCGGCGGGCAGCAGGUGCUGGACGGCGCUCUCUCGUACGGCGAGCUCUCCUCCUUCUUCAUGUACACCCUCUUCCUCGGCUUCAACGCCGGCAACAUCGCCACCGCAUACGCCGAGCUGCGCCGCGCCGCCGGCGCGUCGGAGCGCGUUCUCGCCCUCAUCGGCCGCCCGCCUCCUCUGACCGGGUCCGGCACGCUGCCGGACUGCCGCGGGGAGUUCGCCUUCGAGAACCUCCGGUUCGCCUACCCGACGCGACCGGCCGAGACGAUCCUCGACGGGCUCAGCUUGCGCGUGCGGCAGGGGGAGCGUGUCGCCGUGAUUGGGCAGAGUGGCUCGGGCAAGUCGACGCUCAUCUCCCUCCUCACGGGGCUGUACGAGCCUGCGGGGGGGCGAGACAUCGCCGAGAUAUGGCCGAGAUUAGCCCUGUACGAGCUUGCGGGAGGGCGCGAGCCAGUCCUGCUGAGCGGCUCGCUGCGCGACAACAUUGCCCUCGGCAAGCCGGACGCUACAGAGGAGGAGCUGCGAGAUGCGGCUCGCCGCGCCGGGUGCGAUUUCGCCCUCUCUGGAGGGGCGUGGGAGCGCGAGGUGGGAGAGCAGGGGAUGCAACUCUCGGGUGGGCAGCGGCAGCGCAUCGCGCUCGCGCGCGUGCUGCUGCGCCCGUCGCCCGUGGUCGCGCUAGACGAGUUCACCGCCGCACUCGACCCGGCGACCGAGGCGGCGCUGCUCGACUCGGUGGAGGAGGCCCUCGCCGGCAGGACGCUCCUCCUCGUCACGCACCGCAAGUCGGCGCUCCGGAUCGCCGACCGUGUCGUCGAGCUCGGGCCCGCCGGACGCGUGAUCAGCGACUCGUCGUCUGCUGCUGGCGGGUCCUCGGCGACCCGGCGAUGA